UGAUUUUAUAUAUUAUAAAAGCUACUAUAAAAAAUCCUAUAAUCUGUAUAAUACUCAUUUUAUUAAAGUUUUAUUUUAUGUUAAUAGUACAUUGUCUGAACUGGCAUAUAAGAGGUUGUGAAACGCAUGGCCGCCGUAAACUCUGGGCCCUUGAGUGUCAUGUGUGAUGCACAUGGUCCUUGAGUGUCAUGUGUGAAGCGCAUGGCUCCUAAAGCUUCAUGUGUGAAACACAUGGCUCCUGCAGCAUCAUGUGUGGAACAUCUGGCCCCUGGAGUUUCACUUGUGGAAUGCAUGGCUCCUGGAGAAACCCAUGGCCCCUUCAGCAUCAGGUGUGAAACUCAAGGCCUCUGGAGUGUUAUGUGUGAAACUCAUGGCCCCUGCAUCAUCACGUGUGAAACUCAUGGCCCCUGCAGUGUCACAUGUGAAACUCAUGGCCUCUGCAUCAUCACAUAUGAAACUCAUGGCCCCUUCAGCAUCACAUGUGAAACUCAUGGCCCCUUCAGCAUCACAAGUGAAACUCAUGGCCCCUGCAUCAUCACAUAUGAAUCUCAUGGCCCCUGCAACAUCAUGUGUGAAACUCAUGGCCCCUGCAUCAUCACAUAUGAAACUCAUGGCCCCUGCAACAUCACGUGUGAAACUCAUGGCCCCUGCAUCAUCACAUAUGAAUCUCAUGGCCCCUGCAACAUCACGUGUGAAACUCAUGGCCCCUGCAUCAUCACAUAUUAAACUCAUGGCCCCUGCAUCAUCACAUAUGAAACUCAUGGCCCCUGCAUCAUCACGUGUGAAACUCAUGGCCCCUGCAUCAUCACAUAUGAAACUCAUGGCCCCUGCAUCAUCAUGUGUGAAACUCAUGGCCCCUGCAUCAUCACGUGUGAAACUCAUGGCCCCUGCAUCAUCAUCACAUAUGAAACUCAUGACACCUGCAUCAUCAUCACAUAUGAAACUCAUGGCCCAUGCAUAAUCACGUGUGAAACUCAUGGCCCCUGCAUCAUCACAUAUGAAACUCAUGGCCCCUGCAUCAUCAUGUGUGAAACUCAUGGCCCCUUCAGCAUCAUGUGUGAAUCUCAUGGCCCUGCAGCAUCACAUGUGAAACGCAUGGUCCCUGCAGCAUCACAUGUGAAACACAUGGCCCCAAGAGUGUCAUGUGUGAAACACAUGGCCCCUGCAGCAUCACGUGUGAAACUCAUGGCCCCUGCAGCAUCAUGUGUGAGACUCAUGGCCCCAAGAGUGUCACGUGUGAAUCACAUGGCCCCCUGCAGAAUACAUUCUGAACAUACAUGUACAUGUAUUGUUAAAGAAAGCUAAGAAACCACUGGAAAGAUAUAGGGAAGUUAUAAAAACUAAUUGCUCCAUACCCUAACAAUUUGAUCUCUUAAACUUUUUUUUAACAAUUUUAUUUGCAUCUUAAUGGUUUCAACCUUCUGUCUGCAGAUAAUUCUCAUUCAACAGAGGCUUGACAAUGAUUAAUGAUUGAAUAUGUAUGCAUAGCAUCAUUGGCUGGUGUACGAGAAUGACUUCAGACCAAUCAGACGAAAGCAAUCUUUAUCUUAACUUUGUUCAGGUUUUGUUUAAGUUUUAUUCAUAACAUUUGGAUUAAUAUGUACAAACAAGUAAGAUUGAAUUGUUUUGUGAAGUCUUGGACAUAUCAAUGAAAAAUUGCGAGUAUGCACUGGUAAAUCUAGUUCUAUAAUUAUGAGUAUGUGCUGGUAGAUCUAGUUCCAUGAUUAUAAGUAUGUGCUGCUAGAUCUAGCUCCAUAGUUAUAAGUAUGUGCUGGUAGAUCUAGUUCCAUGAUUAUAAGUAUGUGCUGGUAGAUCUAGUUCCAUAGUUAUAAGUAUGUGCUGGUAGAUCUAGUUCUACAAUUAUGAGUAUGUGCUGGUAGAUCUAGUUCCAUGAUUAUAAGUAUGUGCUGCUAGAUCUAGCUCCAUAGUUAUAAGUAUGUGCUGGUAGAUCUAGUUCCAUGAUUAUAAGUAUGUGCUGCUAGAUCUAGUUCCAUGAUUAUAAGUAUGUGCUGCUAGAUCUAGUUCCAUAGUUAUAAGUAUGUGCUGGUAGAUCUAGUUCCAUGAUUAUAAGUAUGUGCUGCUAGAUCUAGUUCCAUGAUUAUAAGUAUGUGCUGCUAGAUCUAGUUCCAUAGUUAUAAGUAUGUGCUGGUAGAUCUAUUUCUAUACUGAGAGUUUAAAGCGAAAAAGUACCAAGUCAUAAUGAAUGAAAAAGCCGAUAGAAACCUUUCGCCUUUACUCAUCGGUACAGACAAAAUUUGCUUGUUAGAUUUUAAAUGCUUAUAAGUGGCUUAAGAAAUAUCAAUGUGGCACUAUAGUCAUUGGGGGAAAAUGCAGAUUUGAGUGUUUAUUUGAAAGAAGUAUUUUUAUGAACAGCAUUAAAAUGUAUUGUUAUAUGACUAAUUAUAAUUUGUUGAAACUCAUCUGUUUUCUGAUGAUCAGUUAUGUUUGAAAUUAUUUAGAUUUUUAUUUGAUUAACUAAUAAUAAUUUUUGAUUUAACAAAAAAAAUAUGUUUGUGAUGGCUCUUUGUAUCGAGUCUAUUGGCUGGGUAGCCAGUUAUCUCACUUGUUUCAGAGUUUGCCUUUGUUUUAAAAGCUCCGUGAAUUGGCCCUUGUACCGAAUUAUUUAGACUGAAAUAAAAAUAUAAGAUUUGGAAUAUUUUUGUUUUGGUAGUAAUCAUAAAACUGAAAGAAA